AAGCGGAGAGCCGCAAGUGUAGCGAAAGCGAGGCCGGGGUUCCUACAAUACCAGGCGAGGAAUCUCCGCUUUCGGGGCAGAGCCUGUGGUUUCAGUCAAAGGGAAGGAGGAGGAAAAAGAGAAAUGCGGAGAGAUGUAAGAUGGCAGAGCUGCAAAUGCUGUUAGAGGAAGAAAUCCCAGCCGGUAAAAGAGCAUUGCUAGAGAGCUACCAGAACCUAACCAGGGUAGCCGAUUACUGUGAAAAUAAUUAUGUCCAGGCGCAGGAUAAGAGGAAGGCUCUGGAGGAGACCAAGGCCUAUACCACUCAGUCCCUGGCCAGCGUCGCCUACCAGAUCAAUGCCCUGGCCAACAACGUGCUGCAACUGCUGGACAUCCAGGCGUCGCAGCUGCGCAGGAUGGAGUCCUCCAUCAACCACAUCUCCCAGACAGUGGACAUCCACAAGGAGAAGGUGGCCAGGCGCGAGAUCGGCAUCCUGACCACGAAUAAGAACACAUCGAGAACCCACAAAAUCAUCGCCCCCGCCAACAUGGAGCGGCCAGUGAGAUACAUCCGGAAACCCAUUGACUACACUGUGCUGGAUGACGUGGGCCAUGGGGUCAAGUGGCUAAAGGCUAAGCAUGGGAACAACCAACCAAUCAGAGGUGGGGGAACGCUCUCGAGGACCAAUCCGCCCACACAGAAGCCGCCCAGCCCUCCAAUGGCAGGACGGGGCACCCUCGGGCGGAACACGCCUUAUAAAACUCUGGAGCCUGUAAAGCCGCCCACAGUUCCCACUGACUACAUGACCAGUCCAGCUCGCCUGGGUAGUCAGCACAGUCCGGGACGCACCGCCUCACUCAACCAGAGACCCCGGACCCACAGUGGCAGCAGCGGGGGCAGCGGUAGCCGUGAGAACAGUGGGAGUAGUAGCGGCAUCGGACUGCCCAUCGCUGUGCCAACACCCUCCCCUCCCAGCAUGCCCCCUGUAUCCUCGGUUCCUCAAGGGCCUGGCCUCGGACCUAUCCCCAUGUCCCAGUUUGGUACCAUCUCCCGGCAAAUCUCGCGCCACAACUCCAGCACUUCGUCUGCCUCCACGCUGUCCGCCACGGGCACAUACCGCCGCGCGCCUUCUGUUUCCUCGCAGUUCUCGCUGCCCCAGCCACAUGUCAACGGCGGCCCCGUUUACCCUCCAAACGCAAUGUCUGUUGCUCCCCCUCCACCUCCCAUGCCUCAGCUGACUCCCCAGAUACCCCUCACAGGCUUUGUGGCCAGGGUGCAGGAGAACAUAACAGAUAACCCCGCCCCGCCCCCCCCUCCUCCCCCCGAUGACGGGCUGAUGUUCGAUGACUCGCCACCGCCCCCUCCCCCGCCCGUGGACUAUGAGGACGAGGAGACGGCGAUGGUGCACUACAGCGACCCCUAUGCUGAUGGGGACCCCCAAUGGGCCCCCAAGAGCUACCUGGAAAAGGUUGUUGCGAUUUAUGACUACUCGAAGGACAAAGACGACGAGCUGUCUUUUAUGGAGGGUGCGAUCAUCUAUAUCAUCAAGAAGAAUGACGACGGCUGGUUCGAGGGUGUCUGCAAUGGUGUGACGGGUCUGUUUCCUGGAAACUACGUGGAAUCCAUCAUGCAUUACGCAGAUUAAUGGGACAGCGUUCAGCUGGAACAUUCCGGUGGACUAAAGAAUCACACCUACCAUUGAAGGAUAGAUGAGGGAAUGAGUGUGUUAAAGAGUGACAACCUGCUUACUUCUGUGGUAAUUUGUCAUGUGACUAAAUUCUAUAUACUGUGAGCAGUAGGUUGUAGGUAGUACAAUGCUGUGUGCCUGUUGAUUAUGCUGAACAGUUAUGUCAUAUGCAACAUGUCGAGGAUUGCUUUUUUAAAAUUCUUUUUUAUUUUUUUAAUCAGGUUUUAAACUGCCAUUUGUCACCUACAGCAAUUCAUUUGACAGAAGGCCAGAUUUCUGAGUGUGAAAUACAAAUCAUUUUUUUUUUUUUGUCAGAACUACUGGUUUAAAGUUUUUCAAAUGUCCAAUCCGCUUAUGAAAUGUAUUUAUCUUGCUUGAGACGUGUGUAAGCAGUUUAGAAGACGUUUAAUCCAUUACGCUUCCAAGAUGAUGUAAUAUUUACAGUGAGCACUCAAUUUAAUUUUUAAUUUUUGUUUUUGCCCCAUGGACGUUUUAUGCUGUAAUUGUAUAUUUAUAGAGCUUAUUGCAGAGUCGUAAGUCUGGUAGUCUUCAUGUUCAUUCUGACACUUGUUUUUGACCAAUCCAAAAUCACACGACAUCACCAUGUUUCUCUAACAACGGACAGCUUCUGUAUUGGUCUUUGCGGUGUAUCAGAUGUCCCGUAGCUCUGCUAACAGUGGUUCUUCAGCAUUCUGAAAUGUAAAUAUAGGCCAUACGUAAGGGUCCUCUAAAUGCCUAACCUCUACUCCGUUUUGUCUUUGAGCAUGCUGGCUGAAAGAAUGGCCAUAUUGAAUUGUUAGUACAAAAUGCUAGGUGAUCUUGCGCUGUGUUUCAUAAGCGAGACAAUGGGGCUGAUUUGCAUUUGUAUAUGAUUUAAUGAGUUAAUGAGUUUAAUGCACAUCAUGACCAUUUUGUCACUGUCAUUGUGUGUUUUUAGUUCAAACAUUCAAUACCUUUUACAGAUUUCCAGCUGUUUUUAAACCUUUGGGAAUAUCUCUUAUUACCUGUAGCAUAUUCUUUCUCAUCUCCUGUUUGACUCCUAAGGCAAUCAACCCCAAGGAACUAGUUUGUGUCUUGACCAUAAAUGUAAAAAAAAAAAAAACACAGGAUUUUACAGCUAACGUUGUUGCCUUGAAACUUUUUGUCUGUUUUGUUACAUUCGCAGUUAAAGGUAUUCUGUAACCAUUUCGUUCUGUAAUGGUGAGGGAACUUAAUAUUGUCACCAUCUAUUAAUUUGUACAUGUAUGUACAGUCUUUUAUAAUAAAUCAUUCUCCUAUAUGUGAAUUGUCAUAAUGGUGGCUGGAGAUAUACCACACAACCGUGUGCUUGGUUAUCAGAGCCUCAGUCUAAGGUGCAACCACAACAACAUCUGGAUUAUAUAGGAUUUAUUCCCAAUCAGUCAUUUGAAUUAAAUUUACAUGGUACCCUUCCCAACAGCGCUGGCCCAAUGUUCUUAAUUUAAGAAGAUUUAAUAAGGGUGACAUCACUGAUUGACAGUUAUGACUGCUAUAAAGCCAGUAUGGAUGAAAAAGGCACAAUAGGAGACUUAAUGAACAUCUACGGAUUGUACGGAUUUGGUUCCUUGCCGCUUUCUGCCUGAGGUUGAGACGCAUGAUAAUACUGUAACCCUAACCGCCAUGCUUCCUGGGAUGGGCACGUCUGCCCAGGAUAAGGGGGUGGAUGGAUUGCACUGUUGAUAUAGAAAUUUAUCAUCAAACCUUUGCAAUGUUAAAUAUCAUCUCACGUGCUGAUAUGGAACUGUGGUCACGGCAAGUGUAAAAAAUACUAAAAUUUGAUGUCUAAAUGUGUUUUCUUUCUGAAAUUUCAAAAUCUCAAUAUUAUUUUCCCAAACUUUCAAAUGCUAUAGCUGUGUACUGUGCAGACAUUCGAACUACUAUUUUCAUUACUGUUUCUUGUAUGAUGUUCUUAUGGUCAAUGUUUGACUUGUCAUAUUCAGCCAUUUUUCAUGUUCCUUAGUACAUUUCCAUAUAAGCUCAGAAAGCACAGCUUUUGUAAAUGCGGUAAAAUAAAUUCAAUCCAACCUGA